UGCUCGUCCCCAGCUGCCUAGCAUCCCUGUGUUUGCCAUCACAGGGAGAUCUCUGCCCCCUGGGGCUGAGAGACCCCAGCCUUUUCCCAAGCUGAAGCUACAGGGUACUGAGGUACCAGCCAGAUGUCUUCCCACAAAGGAUCUGUGGUGGCAUAGGGCAAUGGGGAACCUGCUAAUAACAGGGAAACUGACUCGGUGGAACUGGCUGAACUGGGACCCCUGCUAGAAGAGAAGGACAAACGGGUAAUUGCCAACCCAAAAAAGGCUGAAGAAGAGCAAACAUGCCCAGUACCCCAGGAAGAAGAGGAGGAGGUUGGGGUACUGACACUUCCCCUGCAGGCCCACCAUGCCAUGGAGAAGAUGGAGGAGUUCGUGUAUAAGGUUUGGGAGGGACGUUGGAGGGUCAUCCCGUACGAUGUACUCCCUGACUGGCUGAAGGACAAUGACUAUCUGCUACAUGGCCACAGACCACCCAUGCCCUCCUUUCGGGCUUGCUUCAAGAGCAUCUUCCGCAUACACACAGAAACUGGCAACAUCUGGACCCAUCUACUUGGUUUCAUGUUGUUUCUCUUUUUGGGAAUCUUGACCAUGCUUAGACCAAAUAUGUACUUCAUGGCCCCUCUUCAGGAGAAGGUGGUUUUUGUCAUGUUCUUUAUGGGUGCAGUGCUCUGCCUCAGCUUCUCCUGGCUUUUCCACACCGUCUAUUGUCAUUCAGAGAAAGUCUCUCGAACUUUUUCCAAUUCCAGUCCCAUCAGAUUUUCCACGUCCUGGUGGUGGCAGCAGCCUUUGUCCACUUCUAUGGGGUCUCCAACCUUCAGGAAUUCCGUUAUGGCCUAGAAGGUGGCUGUAUUGAUGACUCCCUUCUCUGAGCCUUCCCACCUUGAGGUGAAGGAGGAAUUUCCCAAGUGCUUUUAAAAAUAACUUCUUUGCUGAAGUGAGAGGAAGAGUCUGAGUUGUCUGUUUCUAGAAGAAACCUCUUAGAGAAUUCAGUACCAGUUAAGCUUCAGCUCACUUUCACAGCCACUGGGCAAUAAACUUUCCAUUUCCAUUCCCCUAGCUGGGGAGGGUGGGGAUGGUCAACAUAAUCAUCCCUCUCCUCGGCAGUCACCCUCCUCAGCAAGACAGCUACUGGUCCCUGACAGAGACAGUACUUUGAAGCUCAUUUUGAGAUUUUACCCCUUCCUUCAACCAUUUUCAGAAAAAAAUUAUGAACUGGGACUCUUCAGAAAAAAAAUUUUUUUUCCCUGAAAGAAAAUGUCCCUCCCUUACCCCCGUCCUCACUUUGUAACCUGGCUUAUAACAGGCCAUCCAUUUUUGUAGCACACUUUUCAAAAACAAUUAUAACCUGGUCCCAUCUUUCUAGGGCCUAGUUCUGCUUACAUAGCAGGAAGAAUAAAGACACCAACUUUUACAUAGCCCGGCUAAUCAUGGAAGUGUGUCCAGGCUUCAAAUAACUUGAGUUUUAAUUUUUUUUUUCUUGGCAGAGUAAUGUAAAAUUAAACUGGGGAAAGAUAUUUAAUAUUUAAUACUAAGCUUUAAAAGG